CCAUAACUCAAACAGUUCAAACCCCAAUAAUCACGCUGAGAAAAAAUGCAUCAGCCAACGGCAUCGGCUCUAUCGUUGCUAAUGGUGACAAUAUUAUUGGCGACGAGCUAUGCAGUCAGAGCAAAUGCUCGCAAAUUUGGCGAGUCCGCCACCUCUUUCACGUUUCGCAGUUCUCCAUUCAGUUUCAAUGACACUGCGAGGAUCGAGCAUGCCGUCGAUGACGAGGGCAGCUGCGGCGGCGAAAGCGGAUCGUGCGAAGAUAACCUUUGCUGUAGCAAGUACGGUUACUGUGGUGAUGAUGACAGAUAUUGUGGCCGUGGAUGUCAACCACAAUUCGGCAACUGUGGCGGCGGCAGCGGCGGUGACGACAGCCCACCACCUCCAACCAAGAAAAAGCACCCUGCGCCACCGCCAGACGACUCCUAAGUUCAAGGCUAAUGAAUAAAACUGUCUUACCAAGCUACUGAAUAACAAUUUUGUUCGCUUUAUUCUACUUUCGCACUCUACUUUCAUUUUGCGAGAAACAUGUCAACGUUUUUCAGUUAUCUAUGUCAUGCUAUAUCUAGAGAAAUUACUUUGUUGCUUCCGCUAAGUGAAAUGAAUUAGAAAAAUCCCGUUUCUUCUUUCUUUUUAAUUUCCGUCAUCCGAUCUUCGUCAGCUAGUUUGAACUCUUCAAAUUGAAUACAAUCUUCGUUUCAAUAUUUUCCUAAUAAUUGGCUUUUGUUAUU